GUUACCCAAAUUUUUAGAGCGCUGGUACUGAAGUAGAAAUGUCUACGAUCAUCUGGCACAUGCGUAACAACCAUGUAAACACCUGCAGACUUUAGUUAGUAUGCGUGCAUGUAGGCUACUUCCAUCUUUUGCACCUGCCUUUGGUCAUGAGCAAACACGUGUGUACGUGUUGCAUGCAUACUAACGGAAAUUCGGCAGUUAAUUACAUGGUUUUACGCAUGUGGCAAGUGAUAGAAAUGUAAACUUCAGCACUGUGCACAAACAAAAUGUGUAAUCCAUACUUUCCUGCGGGUAUGUCUCAAAUUGGGAGCGGCUGAAGGACAAACUGUACAGCCAACAGCUAGAUGGUCGGGAGUAAGUCCUUCAUUUCUGACCUGCACUCAAAAUAUGCAGAAAAGACAUGGAAUGAGACCUUUAAACUGGUUCGUAGGUGUAUGGACAAAUCGAGAGGUGACACCAAACCCUGUGAACCACUGAUUAGGUGUCUGAAAAUACUCCAUGAAGCACUGAAUGUGUCGUCUUUGAGCGCCAUGGUAUCACGGUUGGAGAUAAUGGCCAAACAGAGAGGGAUGGGGUCCCACCUGAGCCCCACUGAGACAACCUGUUACCUCACAGCUGACAUGUUCUACCUAGAGGUCCUACUGCUGCCUGGGGGAGAGGUGGAUGAUGUGAAGUUGGCCCAACAUGGAGAAGCCCCUGUGUCAAGCGAGUCACUUCUUCAACUGCUAAAGUCGAAGAAGUUCGAAGAAUUCUCAGUGAAACUGAAAGGCCUUUCCUCCCUGUACAACAUCCCUGGAGACAAUGAGACCAAGAUCAAGGUCUACACAGCCCUUCAGUUCUUGGGGAAAGAUCUACAGAAGAUAUCCCAUUUGCCAAGAGCAUUAAGGGAGUGCAAUCUUCAAGUGGACAUGAUUCUCAAUGGCAGGAUUGGCUAUCUUACGGCAGGGAGCGAAGGUAUCCCAAUGACUAUCCAAUACUACAUCAGCCCUUCUGACAUUCUGUUGGAGAUGUCCGAUUCAGAAAGGGGCAGUGUUGGCCAGUUGGCCUUGGUGACAGUGGGGCCAACUGACUGUACACACAAGCUCCAGAUGGCAUCUGUCAUCCCACAACCACCUCAGCUUGACGCUCAGGGUCUACCAUUGUUCAGUCCUCUCUGUGAGGUGCUCUCUGAAAUUAUGCCAGCCUGCUUCCAGCUCAAACUGCAGCCACCCCUACCAAUGCUCUCUUCCUUUGUUGAGAAGCUCAGCCAAAUUACAGAUGUUGCCAUAGCUGAUGCUGACCUGCAGUGGGCAUCUUUUCCCCAGUUGAUGAUGACCUUAUUAGGGGAGAAUGGUGGCAACAAAACAUGGAAUGGCCAAGAUGCCCACUUUCUAGUGCCCCUCCCAGGUAAAGAGAUACACAGCUAUGUGCUGCCGGGGGCUGCAUGGGAAGAAGCUGCUCUGAGGGGGGCGCUGAUGAGUACCAUUCCCUUUACCCACCCUGCCCAUGUCCCUGCCCUACUGGAGCUGCUCCGCCACCAGUGUGCAAUUAACACUCUACUGGCCAGCUGCAUUACCUCUCUCAGGCCUAGCCCAGGUCCAGUGUGUGACCUAUACUGCGAAGUCCUCCCUGAGUCAGGUUCCAGCCUCUCUGUGACCUUUCACCUAUCUGACAGCGACUCUCUAUCUGUUUUGCUGGUGAAUGUGGCAGACUCCCGGAAGCUCACCUGCAGUCUGUUUGCAGUGGGGUCAGAGUCAGAAUCCAUGGAUGAAUAUGUCUCCAGAGUCCUAAAGAGAUGUAUGUCUAUUCCUGUGACCAUGCGUGCCUUGAAUCGGCGGCUGUCCAAGAGGACCUGUGGAGAACCUCUACCUGCAUGCUCCACCACCAUAUCCACUGCAGAUGUCAGCCCUGCUUCUCCUCUCCCCAUGUCCUGUGAGGCUGAUGGCAGUCUCUCUUCUGGCUCUGGCCUGGAGUCCAUUGGCAUCCCUACUACCUCCUCUGCCGUGUUCUCCCAGGAUGCAAUGGGGCUGGAUACCACGGCGGCAGAGUCUGCCUUCUGUAUGUCUGUUGCUGAAGUCAAUACAAACCCUACUGCCAACCCUUACCCCUGUGCCUCGGUGUGUAUGUAUUCACAUUGGAUGCACAACAACCAUCUCCCAGAACUUAUCUAGUCAGUUUAAUGCGUGACCCUCAAAGGGGUUCAAAUGUUUACGUGAUAUUUUUAUUGGAAUGGUUCUAAAAAAUAAAGCCUUUUGACC